CGAACCGCGUAAGUCCGAAAAGAGCAAGGAUUAUUCUAAUUUCUCAUUACGUACCACACCUGCAGCCACAGGAAGCGAUGCAUCUAUAAGGACGAGUGUGUUGCGCCAUUAACACAACUCCUCGCUCAUCGAGUGUCUCGUACCUCGUCACAAUCGCACCUGGCAAUCGAGGGAACCACACGAAAUCAUGUCCUUUCUCGGCCUGCUUAGCUACGUUUCGCUGCUGGUGCAGAUCUGCUUCAUAACCGUCUCAAUCGCUGCUGGGCUUUACUAUCUGGCGGAACUGGUGGAAGAGUACACGGUGGUCGCAAAGAAGGUUAUCAGCUACCUGGUCCUGGGGACGGCCACACUGUACGUGGUCUUUAUCUUCACUGAGAGUUUUCCCUGGUCAAUGGUCCUGUGCGGGCUCGGCAGUCAACUGCUGCAUGCCUUCAUUCUGACCGAUUUUCCGUACGUGCGAUUCCUGUCGCCCGCAUUCCUCGGUGCUGUGAUAUUGCUGCUAGUGAACCAUUACCUGGCGUUUGUGUACUUCCAAGUGCAGUACCAUGCAUUCACGGAGGUGAUGGCGUACUUUACACUCUGUCUGUGGCUUGUACCAUUCGCCCUGUUCGUUUCACUAUCUGCGAAUGAUAACGUGCUGCCGACAAGCAAUGAACGAACACAUCUACUAGGUGGCACUGAUGACGUGGUGACGAACUACUUCUCGAGCAGGAAAAAGGCAGGAUUACUAUCGCUGUUUACGUACGCGAAGGAAACGCUUCUACCGGAGCGUAAUAAGAAAUCCUUCUAGACUGUUUUUGUUAGGCGCUUCAACUGGGCGCGUUUUCCCUCUUUUUCUUAGCCCCCUUUCCCAACCCACCAACCCGUUUGUACGAUAGUUCCGCUCCCG